AGCUUCUAACACCGUUUAACUUAUUUUUACCUAUUUCAAGAUCUUAUGAACUUAUAUUGGAGAUGAAUAGGUACAGAAACAUUUUAACUGGAGAAGCAGCUAGUGCAUUCAAAAAACUGAUCGGCAGAUUUUACUGGGCAGACGACAAUAUCGUGGUGAAACAUCUUAUUGAAGUACACGAGCGAUUCUGUGGUAGAGAUUGUCCCCUAGAAAAGUCUAAUAUAAGUCUGCAAGAAACAGAGACUGAAAAACCAGCUGUCUGUCCACAAGGAUCAGAGACAGAAAAAGUGGACAUCAGUCCUCAAGAUUCAGAGACAAUAGAGAGAGAUGAAAGUACAGAAUAUCAUGCAUCAUCUGAAGAUCGUGAAAAAUCCAUCUGUUUACACAUGGAAGUGGAAGAUGGAGCAGAGUCACUGGAUGAAGAAAGCAGUGGAGAAAGUGAAUCUGAGAUGGAAAGUGGAGAGGAAGUUAAUAUAAAAGAAGAACAAGAUGAUUUUCAAGAGAUUCUUAGUAAAGCAGGUUCUCCUGAGAUGCUCUUAAAAGGUUCCUCUACAGCAGGCAAGGAAGAUUGUUCACCCCUCAAUCCACAUUCCAAUGUCAAACCAAAAUCCACCAAAGACUUUUCAUCAAUUCAGAUGGCCACACACAGCCAUUCAAAGGAUGCUACAGACUUAAAGGGUCAUGUGACAAGUCAAUCAGACAUGUCGAGAAAAUCUACAGAUCUAAAUUUGUCAGUUACAAGCUUUAAUUGUCUGAAUUCUGUGAAGACAAUUGUUGGUGACACAAGUUCAGCUGUAGAAGUGCCUCAACCAAUGAACAACUCUGUUUCUGGACAGACAGGGCUGACAACUUUAAAUGCAAUUCAAAGUUACAAUACUCUGGCAGAGUCUAGAAAACCUAAGAAUCAGUUUGGUAUCAGUGAAAUCAAGUCACCUCUUGGUCAACAGCAAUUUUUUCCAGUGAAAUCAGAACCAACAGAUUUUAGUGUUUCACAAACUCAAGGACCAGGAUAUUCAAGUGCCAACCUAAAUACCUCAUUACCACUGAAUUUACCACCAAGUGCAGACCAAACUACCAGGAUUCAGGCAUUAGGAGGAUUCCAGAAUAAAUUGUCCACCACUUGUAAUGUUUUUCCACAAUCCCUGCAUACCAAUUAUUAUCAAUCUGUGCCACAAAGUCCAAUUUCUGUGUUGCCUAGUUUCCAAGCACAACAACCACCCCUAAAUCUAGCAUUAAUGAUAAACCCAGUCACUGGAAGUCCUAUGUUGGUGUACUCACAAAACUUAUCAAACCCUAGUCACAGUGUCAACCAACUUAAUCUCACAACAAACCCAGUUUCAGGAGUGUCAGUUUUAGCUCCAAAUUUAGAAAAUCAAAGUACUUCAAAUCAAGUUACUUCAAGCCGAAGUACUACAACGCAAAGUAGUUCAAGCCAAAGUACUAAAAAUCAAACUACUACAAUACAAAGUUUAACAAGCCAAAGUACUACAACACAAAGUACUUCAAGUCAAAGUACUACAAAUGAAGCUACUACAAGACAAAGUAUAACAACUCAAAGUACUUCAAGUCAAAGAAAGGAGCAAGUUUUGAGCUCUCAGGAAGUUCUGUCAACCUCAACAACUUUAUCUCCAUUAGAGACUAAAGCUCCUAAUAAUGAUGCCAGUGCAGUUCAGAUGGAGAAUUCUGAUGAACAAAUUGUAGACCCACCAUGUGAGAGAGAUUUAGGGGCUCCAUCACAGUCAGAGACCAAUAAACAGACCUCCUCCUCUAUGACAGCGAAAAGACAAAUUUCACCACCAACAACAGAGGACAAUAUCUCUCAAAAUAAUCCACCCUCUAAAAGAUUUAAAACAACAACAGAGGACGAAAUGGAAAGAUUAUUCGAGGGCAGACAAGCGACGUCAACUAAACAGAACACUCAAUGGGGUAUGAGGAUAUUUCAAGAUUGGAACAAAGAAUGUUUUGGAAAAGAAUUAGAUAUGGAACUUGUAGAUCCAUCCACGCUAUCCAAUCUCUUAUCUCGAUUUUACUGUGAGGCUAGGCCUAAAGCUACCAACGCAGAUGAGACCAUUUAUCAAAAGAACACACUAAAAAGCAUCCGAGCUGCCAUUAACCGCCACCUUUCUGAUCUGAAAAGACAAAUUGACAUUGUCAAAGGAGAAGAGUUCCGUGCCACUAAUGGAAUACUGGAAGGACUUUUUAAGGAAAGGUUACGACUUGGAUUAUCAAAACCAACCAAGCAGCCACAGCUCAUAGAACACGAAGACCUGAAGAAAAUUUCUACCUACCUUCAAGUCGCAUCAGAGUCUGCUGUUAUCUUGCGCCAGGCAGUAUGGUAUUUACUUUCUAUUCAUUUUGUUACUAAUUAUAUGGAGUUUUUUCAUCAGCUGAAAAUAGAUAGUUUCGAAUUCAAAACAGAUGGAACUGGUGAAUAUGCAAUAAUUAAACCUGAAACGUUGGGAAGAAAUCAUGGAGUUGCUGAGGCUCAUUUAGACAAAAGACUGUAUGCUGUGGCGCCCGGCAGUGGUGUGUGUCCAGUAAAACUACUUAGGCUGCUAAUCAAGAAAACAGACAAAAACGCCAUUAGGCUCUUCAAUAAUUACAGGAAAGAUGUUUGGUUAGAUGUAAACGAAGAAUGGUUUACGGCAAAACCCAUAGCGAAGCGAACGUUUGGAACAAUUCUGCCUAAUCUGUGCAAGGACGCGGGUGUGUCAAACAAGUACUCUCCUCAAUGCCUUAGAGCAACUGUGAUCGCUUAUAUAAAUGAAGGACAUGAUCCACAGGAUGUAAUGUUGAUAGCUAAUCUAUGUAACGAGGAUUUUGUUAAAUCAUACAACAGAGUUUCUUCAUCUCACAGAAAGUCCAUCAGCACAUUACCGUCCCUUGGAUCUGCUAAAAGCCAUGUUUUGAAUUCCUCAUCUACAGAUGAAUCGGAUUUUGCUGUGACUAGUUUUGAAGCAUAACGCAAAUACAUAUUGUAGCUGAUUCAUUUUUAUGCCCCGCCGGUUUCCUAAGUUAGUGUUUAGCUCAUUUCAAAGCUCAGUUUCAAAGAAACUAUCCAAAAUAUUUUCAUCAAACUUCAUAUCCUGAUAGAUAUUGAUGAGAGCUCUGCAACUGCAUCAACAUUUUUGACCUUGACCUUUCCUUUGACCUUGACCUCACUUUUCCUAAAUAAGUGUUUAGCUCAUCUUUAAAGAUACCAUUCAAGAUAGUGUAAUAAAACUUCAUAUGUUGAUACAUACUGAUGAGAGCUAUUCGCUUGCAUCAACAUUUUAUAACCUUGACCUUUCCUUUGACCUUGACCUCACUUUUCUCAAAUUAGUGUUUAGCUCAGGUUUAAAGAAACCAUUCAAGAUAAUUUUAUCAAUCUUCAAAUGCUGAUACAUACUGAUGAGAGCUAUUCAACUGCAUGAACAUUUUUUGAUUUUGACCUUUCCUUUGACCUUGACCUUACUUUUCUUCAAUUAGUGCUUACCUCAGUUUUAAAGCAACCAUUCAGGACAGUGUUAUCAAACUUAAUAUGCUGAUAUAUACUGAUGUAAGCAAUUCAACUCCAUCAACAUUUUUUACCUUGACCUUUCAUUUGACCUUGACCUCAAUUUGAUCAGUUUGUGUAUAACUCGGAUUUAAAGAGACCAUUCAUAAUAUUUCUCUCAAACUUCGUAUGCUAAUACAUACUGAUGUAAGCUUUUCAACUGCAUCAACAUUUUUUGACUUUGACCUUUCCUUUGACCUUAACUCCAUUUAUUUUAAAUUAGUGUUUAACUUAGUUUUAAAUAAACCAUUCGAAAUAUUUUAAUCAAACUUAAUAUGCUGAUACAUAUUUGUGCGAACUAUUCAAUUGCAUCAGAAAUGUUUGACCUUGAGCCUUCUUGUGACCUUGACCUCACUUUUCUUAUAUUUUGUUUAGU